UCCGUCAGUUGAAACGACUCGAAACGACGAGUUAGUGAAAAUUUUUGUCGGUGUUUAAUUUGUGUAUUUUUUUACUUAUUAGAAAUUUUCUGUAAUUUUUUUGUUAAAAAAGUAAUUUAUUGAAAGCAGGAAUUAAUUAUAUCCUUAUUUGUUGAAUUCUUAUUAAAAAAAAAUUAUGCAAUAAUGGAUUUACACAUUCUGAUAGUAAUUGCAUGUGUAUUUUUGGCUUCGCUCGGCUCACUUCUUUUUAUCAACAAGUUCUUACGUCGUAAAACUUUUGAAGAAAUUGUGGCUGAAAAGAAAGCUCUCACUGAAAAAAUUUAUGGCAAAGAUAAGGCUUCAUUUAAGAAACCUAAAAAACAAGCACUGAAAAAGGAACUGAAGCGUGAGAAGAAGCAACGACAACGGGAACAAGUAACAACAACUGAACAGGAAGAUUCAGAUGUACAUUCUGAACAAGCAUCGGUUGAUGAUGAGCCCCAAGGAUUGUCAAAAACUCAUGUUGAGUUCGAACCUGAUCCAGAAAUUUUGACCUACAAUAACCAAACGAUUUCGAGACGGUCCAGCAAUGCGGAAAAAGAAAAUAUCAAUAAACAAAAUAAGGGCAAAAAGGAUAAAAAAAUUGGUGCCAAGUCUGGUAUUUUAAGUCAUAAGAAUGACCAAAAUAUUGUAAAAGAGACAACUUCAGCUGAGGUCACAACUGUACCAUCUAAUCAUUUUGAUGUGAAAGUUCCCAAGGAUGCCGUUGAAUUGAAAAAAGUUGAGAAAAAGGAAGAAAAAUUACAGCAGCAGCAGCAAAACAAGAAAGAUAAAAACGUCAAAAAGUCCGAUAAUCGUCAAGUUGAAAACAAUGUACAAGCUACAUCUGAAGUGGUCGCUGCUCCUGUUGUCAUUAAGGAAAUGAAACAGUUGGACGAAAAGGUGCGCCAAAGCUCACCAAAGAGCACACAGCAAAAGAGCAAGCAGCAAAAUAAAAAAUUAAAAGAUUUAAAAGAUGCUGUAGUUGGUCUUGAAAAACUGUCGGAGUCGGAUACUGUAGGUGUUUCUCUGCUGAUGAAUUUGUUCCGUCGAGCUGAAUUAAAUCGUUCUGAAAUUCAAAUUCUGAUUGAUUAUUUGUUGAACCGCCAACAAGAUAUGCCCUCCACACAUUCCGAGUGGUCCGACGAUAUUUGCCAAAAACUUAAGCGCCAAUUGGAGGAAAAGGAAAAAGCCUUGGUCGAAGAACAAGAAGCCUCCAUAGGCAUUCAAGCCAAGCUACGUGAGUUACGCAGUGAAAUUAAUACGGAGAGGGCAACAAUGAGUAGCACCAUCAAGUCGUAUGUAGAAAAAAUCCAGACUAAAGAUCAAGACAUCGCCCUUUUGGAGCAGAAAAUCAAAACUAUUAAUGACAAUUUGUCUCUAGAACGUCAACAAUUCCAAGCUAAACUCAUGCAUGAAAAACAGUCGGGAUCCCAGGAACUAUUGGGUAAAAUACAAAUGAUGCAAAACGAUAAUGCUAUCAAAGAGAAAUGUAUUGCUGAUCUCACUUGCAUGGUGAACGCUUCCCGACAAGCUGUUGAAGAAUCGCAACAAAAGAACGAAAUCAUACAAAAUCAAGCUCAACAGCUACGAACAUUGGAACAACAGCGUGAUGAACUGGAACAAGUAUCUAACAAUCGAAUUUUCGAGUUGGAAAAGGCCAAGCAGUUGGAAAGCGAACUUAAUGAUGCUCAGGUUGAAAUACGUAAUUUGCAAAAUGCUCUUGAAUCGGUUAGAUCAGAUUUCAAUCAGAAAAGUCUAGAUUUAGAGAGCUUGAAAAACGAGUUGACUUUAGUACGAAACAAGGGUCUAAUGGAAAAACAACAAGAAAUCUCAGCUUUGCAAGCUAAUAACGCUGAAUUGACACAACAACUUUUAAACAUUGCAAACCAAACACAGGAGCAAACUAAGGAGCACUCUGGCUUACAGACUACUAUUGAAACUCUUAAGAAACAAAUAGCCGAAAAGGAGAAACAAUUGCUCGAAUCACAAACUAUAAAUUCUCAAAUUCAACAACAGCUUUCUUCUGUUGAGACAGCUUCUAAGCAACAGGCUGCUGAACAUGCUGAACUUCAAAAGAUGGUUGAAACGCUGAAAAACGAUGUGUCAUCGAAAACUCAACAAUUACAAAGCACUGAAAAACAAGCCGAAAACCAGCAAGAACUUCACAAAUUGAUCGAGUCUCUAAAAGCUGAUGUACAGAAAAAAGAACAACAAUUGCAGGAGACUGUACAACAAAUGCAGCAACAAGAAGACUUACAAAAACUCAUAGCCACUCUAAAAGCAGACGUCUCCAACAAGAAUCAACAACUCCAAGACGUUGAAAAAGAAACAGAAAAGUUAAACAAUCGCGAAAAAGAAUUAUCACAACAAUUGCAAGAACAGAAAGAAAAAAAUAAUGAUUUGCGCACUAAAAACUGGAAGUUGGUUGAGGCUUUGCAAAAUGCAGAAGCUAAAGUUAGCAAACAAAGCCCUAAUGCAAUUUUAGUUCAACAGGAAAAGUUAUUGGCUGCAUCUGUUAAGCCUGCAUUAGGUGGUGGUGUGGCAGAAUCAGGCAAAGAUCAAAAACACAUGCGGGAUUUGUUGCAACGUUUGUGUCCAGAGGCAGUUAAAGCUUGUGCUGGCACAGCUCUAUCAGUAUCAUUUAACCAGUGGAUAGAACAGGUUUUAACCACACACGUUAAACAACAACAGCAAAUCAGUAGUAGUCACAAAUCUACACAGUCCAACAGCUUACAAAGCCCUUCCGCUCCACAAAACUCUCACAAUAAUGCCAACUCGGCUAAUGGCAGUCGGAGUAACAGUUCCAGCGUCAGUACUAGCCCAGGUGGAGAAAACGCUGUGUCUAGUAACAGUGAGAAAAAUGAAUUACUCAAAGAAAAUUCUAUCCUGCGUAUUCGUAUCGACGAGCUGACCAAACUCGCUAGAAAAACUGAAAACACACUGUCCGACCUGAUGAAACAAGCUGAAGAACAAGAUGAGCACUGGCGUAAUAUUAUGCACUCAAAAGAUGAACAAAUUAGAGCGUUACAACACUCAAAUGGUCAGGGCGAUAUUUAAUGUCUGUCCCAAUCUUAUAAUGCAGAAUACAUCGUAUAAGAUUUAAGCGCUAAAGUAGUAUGCAAUAAAGAUACAUUAAUAAUGCAAUUAUGAUUAUAUUAUAAAAUUAAACAUAACCAUAAAAUUAAAAAAAUAAAA